AUGGCAAACAGCCGGCAGACCUCUAGCUUGCCGCAGUCCCAUAUCGCGCACCAACUCCUCUCUCGCGCCCAUUCCCCCGACACUGCAGAUCAGGUAUUUGCCGAGAAAGUCAGACAGAAACCACUCUAUUUACGGCCAACUUCGCCUACACCAGCAGACAGCAGAGAACGAAGACGGCUCCAUCGUCUUCGUAAGAAAGAGUAUUUCCUGCGCAAACAAAAACCCAAGCCCCUCACAGCGCGAGAGAAACGUGCUCUGAAAGUCCAUGACUUGCCAAAAGAAGAGCUAAAAUAUGAAAUAUUCAAGAAGCUUAAUGGUUUAUGGAUUGAAUACAUGUGGGAUGUGCUGGAAUUGAAACACGAUACGGGAAAGAAACCGAGUUCAGCACAGAUAGUCACAGCAACAGCUCAUGGCGCGAAGCUUGCGAGCGCAGACUUCCAUGGUGCAGAGCUUCAGGUCGUCCGGAGUAAAUGCGUAAGCAGGGUGGGAGUGAAGGGCAUCGUCGCUCGUGAUUUGAAAUUUGCAUUUGUACUAAUUACAGAGAAAAAUGAGAAAAAGACAAUACCAAAGGAGCAUACGGUCUUCAAAUUCGAAAUUCCAGUGCCCACUGCUUCGUGUCUGGUCGAUGGGUCGAUGGAUAUUCCAACGACUUCAAAGAAGUUGAUAUUCGAGCUCCAUGGAAGCCAAUUCGAGAACCGUGCAGCAGACCGGGCGAAUAAAAAGUUCAAAUGGAGAAGUCUUGAUUAUAUUUGA